CAUGAUUCAGAUAUUUGCAGAGCUGAAUAUUUGAAGAUAUCAAAGAUUUAAGAAUAAACAAGAAUUAGAUACAUCAAGGCAAAUAAUUGGUAUGCAGUGCCUUGUCUGCUCUGGCAGGCUGGACUCCGCCCCUCAACAUUUAUCACCCAAUGACCUCAAACCACCCACCCUACUCUCUUCUGCUUCUCGCAGUUGUCUUCUCGUUACCUUUUGUUGUAAAAGUUGUCAAGGGUAGGCUUCGGCAGUUAGACGUCCAUUGCAAUGGAGUUAUUUGAAACGUUGAAAAAAGUGACGCUAGAUUCCUAUCGCAUUCAUCACUUGGUUGCGAUAUUUAGCUUGGUCUAUGUCAUUCUUAAAAUCUCUAAACUUAUUGUCAAAAGGAAUGAAUGGAUUCGGGCGCUCGAGACAUUCCCAGGACCACCAAAACACUGGCUUUUCGGGCAUGUACGAGAGUUUAAACAAGAUGGGAACGAUAUGUAUAAGGUUGUCAAAUGGGGAGAAUCGUACCCCCUUGCAUUUCAAAUGUGGUUUGGUCCAUUUGUUUCCAUCCUCAAUAUUCACCAUCCAGAUUAUGUGAAAACCAUCCUGGCAUCAACAGAGCCCAAAGAUGACCUUUCAUACAGAUUUCUUAUUCCAUGGAUAGGGGAUGGUUUACUGGUGUCUGGAGGUCAGAAAUGGUUCCGCCACAGAAGACUCCUGACCCCUGGCUUCCAUUACGAUGUUUUAAAGCCCUAUGUCAAAAUGAUGUCUGAUUCUGCCAAAACUAUGCUGAAUGCUGUAUCGUUUGACAACUGUAUUUGGAGGGAAAUUCUGCAUGAACAAGCUAAAGGGGACAAAUGGGAGACUCACUCUAAAUCCGACGAGUCAUUUGAGUUAUUUGAGCAUGUGAGCCUCAUGACACUGGACAGCAUUAUGAAGUGUGCCUUCAGCUCCAACACUAACUGCCAGACAGUGCGAGGGGGAGAGAGUGGAACCAACUCGUACAUCAAAGCUGUGUACGAGCUCAGUGAUCUGGUGAAUGUCCGCCUCCGGACCUUUCCCUACCACAGCGAGUGGAUCUUCCAACUUAGCCCACAUGGGUACAAAUACAGGAAAGCAUGCAAUGUAGCACACAGUCAUACAGAGGAAAUCAUACGAAAGCGAAAAGAAGCCUUAAAGGACGAAAAGGAACUGGGCAGGAUACAGGCUAAGAGAAACCUGGACUUUCUGGAUAUCCUGCUCUGCGCGCGAGACGAGGACCAGCAGGGCCUGUCAGAUGAGGCUAUCCGAGCGGAGGUGGACACCUUCAUGUUUGAGGGGCACGACACCACAGCCAGUGGGAUCUCCUGGACCCUGUACAGCCUGGCCUGCAACCCGGAGCACCAGCAGAUCUGCAGGGACGAGGUCAUCAGCGCCCUGGAGGGGAGGGACACCAUGGAAUGGGAAGAUCUCAGUAAAAUACCGUACACAACCAUGUGUAUAAAGGAAUCCCUCCGCCUCUACCCUCCUGUACCUGGGAUGUCCAGGAAGUUAACCAAACCUAUGACAUUCUUCGAUGGGAGGACUGUGCCUAAAGGUUGUCUUGUUGGAACCAGCAUUUUUGGCAUUCAUAGGAACGCAACCGUUUGGGAGAACCCUAACGCAUUCGACCCACUCCGAUUUCUGCCCAAGAACUCUGCAAAAAGAUCACCCCAUGCCUUUGUCCCCUUCUCUGCCGGCCCAAGAAACUGCAUUGGGCAGAACUUUGCCAUGAAUGAGCUGAAGGUGGUGGUGGCACAGACACUCAAGCGAUAUCAGCUGACCGAGGACCCAAUGAAGAAACCAAAAAUGAUUCCAAGACUGGUGCUCCGCUCACUCAAUGGGAUCCAUGUGAAAAUCAAACCUGUCGAUCUUGUACCAUAAGGAAUGUUAGUUGCACUUUUAUUAUCAGGCAUAGGCUACUGUUUGUGGAAUGUUCAUAUGAAUUUGUUUUUAACAUGCUAAUUCACCAGGAAAUGGGAAAUAAAACUUAGAUUUAAGGAAUAUUUUUCAAAUAUUAACUUCUCAAAGCUAUACUCAGAAUUGUAAUUUAAAUAUCCAUGUAAAGGGAAUUUUAUAUAAUCUCUUAAAUACAAAGAUUAAUUUAACACUAAUUUAUCUUACUAAUAUUUUGCCAGUAAUUAACUGCCUAAAUGUUGUUUGUUUUUCCUUUUGACAUAUAGCCUAUGGUAAGUCAAUGUCCCUUGUCAGUGAUGUGACAUUUUGAAAAGGAAUAGACACAGGAUUGAGUUAAUGUUAUUGUCACUAUUUUAAUUAAACGUGUGGUGCAAACCACUCAGGAAA